AUGCAGGUUCUCUCCCCAGGCUACUGGCAGGAGCAGGAAUUGGAGCUGGGAACUCUGGCUCCACUGGACGAGGCCCUCAGCUCCACAGUCUGGAGCAGCCCUGACAUGCUGGCCAGUCAAGAUAGCCAGCCCUGGACAUCUGAUGAAACAGUGGUGGCUGGUGGCACCGUGGUGCUCAAGUGCCAAGUGAAAGACCAUGAAGACUCAUCCCUGCAGUGGUCUAAUCCUGCCCAGCAGACGUUGUAUUUUGGGGAGAAGAGAGCCCUUCGAGAUAAUCGGAUUCAGCUGGUUAGCUCCACUCCCCACGAGCUCAGUAUCAGCAUCAGCAACGUGGCGCUGGCAGACGAGGGCGAGUACACAUGCUCCAUCUUCACUAUGCCUGUGCGAACCGCCAAGUCCCUUGUCACUGUGCUCGGAAUCCCACAGAAACCCAUAAUCACUGGUUAUAAGUCAUCCUUGCGGGAAAAGGAGACAGCCACUCUAAACUGUCAGUCUUCUGGGAGCAAACCUGCAGCCCAGCUCACCUGGAGGAAAGGUGACCAAGAACUACAUGGAGACCAAACACGAGUCCAGGAAGAUCCCAAUGGAAAAACCUUCACUGUGAGCAGCUCAGUGUCAUUCCAAGUUACCCGGGAGGAUGAUGGAGCAAGCAUUGUGUGUUCUGUGAACCAUGAGUCUCUAAAGGGAGCCGACAGAUCCACCUCUCAGCGCAUUGAAGUUUUAUAUACUCCGACAGCCUUGAUUAGACCAGAGCCUGCACAUCCCCGGGAAGGCCAGAAGCUGUUGUUACAUUGUGAGGGGCACGGCAAUCCAGUCCCCCAGCAGUACCUGUGGGUAAAGGAAGGCAGUGAGCCACCCCUGAAGAUGACCCAAGAGAGUGCUCUCAUCUUCCCCUUCCUGAACAAGAGUGACAGUGGCACCUAUGGCUGUACAGCCACCAGCAACAUGGGCAGCUACACGGCCUACUUCACCCUCAAUGUCAAUGACCCCAGUCCGGUACCCUCAUCCUCCAGUACCUACCACGCUAUCAUCGGAGGGAUUGUGGCUUUCAUUGUCUUCCUGUUGCUCAUUCUGCUCAUCUUCCUCGGACACUAUUUGAUCCGGCACAAAGGAACCUACCUGACACAUGAAGCCAAGGGCUCGGACGACGCUCCAGAUGCGGAUACGGCCAUCAUCAAUGCAGAAGGCGGGCAGUCAGGCGGGGAUGACAAGAAGGAAUAUUUCAUCUAG